AUGGAUCACAUCCCAGUGCCAGGGGAACCUAUGUGGCUGCCUGCCUUGACAAUCUACUCCAGCAUGACGGGGUUCUUGGAUCCCAAACUCAUUACUUGGUGGAGUAGUAGCCUGGACGAAGCAACCGCCAAAGAACUGCAAGAUGCCGUCAGUAGAACCGUGCUGGAAACCUUUGAAUCCCGUUUCAUUACAUAUCCAUGGACAACCUCCUGGACAGCACAAAGCCCGAGUGCUUCACCUUCCCAUCCGCCCACAUGUGCGUGGCAUAGUGUGGCCUCUGCGAUUAUGGGCUAUAUAAAUGAUCACUUUUAG